AUGUCUCUUGCAAUCGCCCGUACCGCGGAGGGUCCCAACUCGUCGGAGUUGGACAUCGAAAAGAAAACCAAUGUUUGCGUGAGCAAGCAUUCUGUGUCCCCUUCUGAGUCCGAUGGUCUCGGGGAUCCAGGCCAUGCUCGCCAGUUCUUCUUUCAGAGAUCGAAGAGCUACGAUCCCGGUGCCAUUGCCACGCAGCCGUCGGUAUACGAUGACCCGGACCUCGCAGAAACAUACCAGCCGUUGCAAAAUUGGGAGAACAUCCAUCGGUUCGAUACGUCCGCCAGGUGGACCUGGGCAGAAGAGAAUAAAGCUGUUGCAAAGCUUGAUAGGCGCAUUAUGAUCCUGGCAUGUAUCAUGAUCAUGGCAUUGGAGCUCGAUAGGUCCAACGUUCAGCAAGCGAAUGCGGACAGUCUUCUGGAAGAUUUGAAUAUAACGCGAGACGAUUACAACCUUGGGAAUACAAUCUUCAGAUUGUUCUACCUUUUCAGCGAAUUACCCGGGCAGCUCAUCGGAAAGUCCAUCGGUGUCGACCGGUGGAUUCCCCUGCAAAUGACGUGCUGGUCUAUCGUGGCUACCAGUCAAUUCUGGUUACGCAAUCGAAGCUCCUUUUUAGCUUGUCGAGCCUUGAUAGGGAUGUGCUCAGGAGGGUUCACGCCCACAAUGGUUCUCUACAUGUCAUACUUUUACAAGCAUCACGAGCUUUCCGUCCGUCUUGGCUUCUGGUAUGCCGCGUCGUCACUCGCGGAUAUUGUCGCCGGGUUGCUGGCAUACGCCAUCUUGCAUCUCGGUGGUAUUGGCGGAUAUGCGGGCUGGCGUUGGCUGUUCUUGAUCGAGGGGCUGUUUACUUUGGCGCUUGGCCUCAUUGCGUUCCUCCUUUUGCCGCCGUCCGUCACGCAGACUGCGAGUUGGGCACGAGGAAAGAAAGGCUGGUUCACGGCACGGGAGGAAACCAUCUUAGUGAAUCGUAUCAUCCGCGAGGAUCCGUCAAAGUGUACAGCGAAUAGACAACAUCUGCUCACUCCGAAGCUUGUCUGGAAAAGUUUCAAGGACUUCGAUCUUUGGCCAUUAUACAUUAUUGGCCUCACAUUCCUCACCCCAUGGACAACCGUCUCGCAGUAUUUCACCUUGAUUAUGAGGGAUUAUGGUUUCGGCACGUUCAACACCGUUUUGCUGUCUGUUCCAUAUAAUCUCGUGGGCAUCACAACACGAAUCUUGCUUACUUAUUCCGCCGAAUAUUUCGGGUCGAUUUCGGUGAUGGCGAUAUUAGCGCAGGUCUGGAUGCUUCCGAUGUUGAUAUACAUGAACGCGGUGGAUUUUGGGCAGGUCAACAGAUGGGUCGCAUGGACAGUCCUGACGGUAUUCCUAUCGCAUCCCAGCGCCCACGCCCUGCAAGCGGGCUGGAACUCUCGCAAUUCGAACAGCGUGCGAUCUCGCGCCAUCUCUGCAGCGCUAUAUAACAUGUGUACGCAAGUGUCUGCUAUCAUUGCGUCCAAUAUCUACCAGGAUGAGGAUGCACCAGGAUACUCGAAAGGCAACCGGGUGCUCUUGGCCCUGGUGUGCGGCAACAUCGCCAUCUACGCAGCCACCAAGGCGUAUUACAUUUGGCGCAACCGAGGCCGGGACCGGAAGUGGCAGGCGAUGGGCGAGGAGCAGCGAGUGGAGUAUAUCGCAACCACGGCGGACCAGGGCAACAAACGGUUGGAAUUCCGUCAUGGGAACCUAGGGCUGGCUGACUCAGCAGCCCUGAACGGCGAGGCUGAGUCAGCCGUCCAUCAAGCGCACUUAUUGGGUCCUGAGGAGACCCGGGAUUCCGAGCCGGUUCUCGAUUCCCACGACUUCGAUGCCGAUAUGUCCAUGAAUCGUCCUCCCAUGCACCGACCGACCGACGGGCGGUCCCACCACCAGCCGCUGCUGAAAGAGGAGCAGCGCGGUCGAAUGUCUUUCGGGAACGGUGACGCCGAAGGCAGGCCUAUGCUUCACCAUACCCGCCGGCCAACGAUCCGAGAUAAGAGCCCCGAACACGAUGCCGAGCAGGCGACUCGCAAGAAGUAUAUGAUCGCGUCCGGUUUCUUGCUGCUGAGUUUGGCUAGUUUCGUGGUGCAGACUGAGACCGCGGUAUACAUUCAACAUGAACUGCAUUGGGAUAAACCGUACGCCAUGCUGUACUUGACGCACGGUUCUUGGGCUCUCUUGUGGCCCGUCCAACUCCUCAUCCUACGCAUCCAGAAACGGAAACUCUCGUGGAGUGCGUUCUGGCGACGCCAUGUCUUUCUUCUCCGGACGACGGCGCAAAUGGUCGAAUCGCAGGAUCAACAUCUCUCCAAUUCGCGGGUUCACAACCGAUCGCCCGUUCGCUACAUGAUCAAGACCACGGCCUUUGUCACGACGGCUCUUACUAUUGCUGGUGGAUCCUGGUAUGUCGCCGUCAACAUGACGACGGCUAGUGACUUGACUGCAAUCUACAACUGCUCCGCCUUCUUCGCCUACGCAUUCUCCAUCCCGCUGCUCAAGGAUAAACUGCGACUUGACAAGGUGCUUUCAGUGCUAGUCGCCAUCGUGGGCGUCCUGGUGGUCGCAUACGGGGAUCGGGACGAAAGCAAGAAGACCGCCGACGGCACGGUAGGUAAGGGCAGCGACGAGGCGGAACACCGACUCGUGGGCAACAUCAUCAUCGGUAUCGGUAGCGUGCUCUACGGUCUGUACGAAGUGUUGUAUAAGCGGUUUGCCUGUCCGCCGGAGGGCACCAGCCCCGGCCGGAGUAUGAUAUUUGCCAACACCUUUGGCAGUCUGAUUGGCCUUUUCACUUUGUCGGUCCUUUGGAUUCCCCUGCCCAUCUUGCAUUUCCUCGGUUGGGAAACCUUCCGAUGGCCCACCGGCGAAGCCGCAUGGAUGCUGAUGAUCUCCGUCUGCGCCAAUGCCACAUUCUCCGGCUCCUUCCUUGUUCUCAUCUCCCUCACUUCGCCCGUCCUUUCCUCCGUCGCCUCUCUCCUGACCAUCUUCCUCGUGGCCAUCGUCGACUGGCUUCGCACUGGCAAAUCACUCUCCAUGGCCUCCAUCAUCGGUGGCAUCCUCAUCGCCGUCGCCUUCUUCCUUCUCAGCUGGAGCACCUACCGCGAGAUGAACGAGGAGCGGAAAAAGCGACUCCAGAACGAGGACAUCGAGUCCGAUAGCGACGACUAG